AUGUCAGGUUCUACCGAAUUUGUCACUAAUGAGGAUUCAAGUAAAGAUACUGGCACCAGGAAAACUAAUUGUCCAUUCGAAUUAGAAGGAAGAUAUUCAGAUGAAUAUGAUUGUUGGAUCUUAAAGGUGAUAUGUGAUGAACACAACCAUCGACCUAUAUUGUUUAUGGAGGGUCAUCCAUAUGCAAAGCGACUUUCCGCGGAUGAAUUUAAUUAUGUUGCAGAUUUAACAAGGAUGCAUGCGCCACCACGUAAUAUUCUAUCGCUACUUAAGAAGCGAAAUUUAAGUAAUGCGUCUACUCCCAGGACUAUUUACAACGCACGCCAUAAAAUUCGCAUGGUUGAGUAUGGUGGAAAAUCUCAAAUGCAGGUUCUCAUGUCCCUAUUGCAUUCUAACAAUUAUGUAUACGAAUUUACUACAACUGAGUCAAAUGAGUUGGAUAAUUUAUUUUUCGUUCAUCCAACAUCAUUUGAUAUCUGGCGUGCAUUUCCACAUGUGUUGAUUAUCGAUGCCACGUACAAAACAAACCCUUAUAAUAUGCCUUUCGUUGAGAUUGUUGGCGUAACUUCAACCAGCAAUACAUUUUCAAUAGCUUUUGCUUUUAUCCAUAGCGAAAAGACAACUAACUAUAAAUGGGCCUUAGAUUGUCUAAAACUGACACUAGACGAGUGCAUGCUCCCACGGGUUAUAGUUACAGAUAAAGAGAUGGCACUAGUGAAUGCAUGCAAUGAAGUUUUUCCCGAUGCCGCUCAGUUACUUUGCAAGUACCACAUGAGUUUCAGGGUCCACAGUUGGACUUAA